AUGCUUUCCAAUGUAAUCUGUUCAGAGGGUUACGUGGUCGGCUUAGUUGCAACACAGGAAGGUUCUGCUAUGGGUUACCUGAAUCUGCCUUACAGCCAGGAGCCUGAGGUGUAUCCAGGUGUUGAUGUUGCUCCUGCAUUUGAUGACAAGAUUUUAAGUGAGGACCUUGCAGUUAUCCCCAGACGGAAACGAAACAUCUUUUUCCCGAGUGGAAUCAAGCUUUGUUUUCAAGAGACCGUCGAGCAAGUAGCUGCAAACCACUUGAGCUACUUUUACCUCAGAGUGUGCCAGGAAACCAUAUGGGAGGCUUUCAAGAUCUUCUGGGACCGUCUGCCAGAACAAGACGAGUACCAAAGCUGGAUGAGCAAAUGCCAGGAGGGUGCAGUCACGGCACAAGAUGUUGGCACCUACUUCAGCCAAUCAGAGGAGCAUCGGGCCCUGGUUAAAAAGAGAGCGUCAGUGUUAAACAGCACUCCGACACCUGACACACCGAAAUCUAUUGAGGCCCCUGAGCUUGAACUGAACCAAGUGCAAGAAUUCGAAGAAAUCACUAAAGAAGACAUGGGGGACAACGCAAACGACAUUAUCCCAGUCCUGGAGGAGAGCUCACUGGACAACGACAUUGCCGUGCAGCCUCCCACUCCUGCUGUGCUGGAACAGGUGGUGAAGCUCAGCAUCCUCCUGACCGGAGAAACGUUCAGCAACAACCUGGACGAUCCGAGCAGCCUGCAGUACCAAACACUCAGCACACAGCUCGCUGAAAAGAUAACAGACGCUCUGAAGGGGCUUCCUGGAUUUAGGAGUGUGUCUGUGCUCGACUUCAGGCAAGAUGGCGUGAUGGUAGACUUUGCUGUCACACUGGUGGUGGAUGGAGAAGGAGCAACCAAUGAACAGAUGGACUACCUGACCCUGCAGUCCAACCUGGUGGAGAAUUCAUAUCGCGAGGUCAUGGAGCUGAAGCGUCCUACAGCCUACACCAUCAGCGAGAUCAAAAACUUUGUCACUGAAGCCAUGCAGCCACCCGAGCUGGAAAGUGGUAAGAUGCUGGCCAGAGUCAAAGCUGCAGAUGAGCCACAAGAGGUCACGAUCAUCAGAGAGGACAACGAAGAUGUCAACAAGGAGGAUGUUCUCAGGGCGCUGCAGGCGACCGCGGAAAAUGAUGUCAUCGUCCUGGAGGAGAGCACAGUGGCGUCUCCUGCUCCUGUCCUGACCACGGCUGCACCUGAAGCCCGCAGCAUUGAAGAGGAGGGUCUUUUGCUGAAGGAAGAUGUAAAAAACCCUCCAAUCAAGGAGCCCUCGGAUGUACUUCUGCCCGAACCGCCAGUGGAAAUUGAGUCCUCUGGUUCAGGCACAGAAGACCUGGAGGUCACCACGAAUGCAGGUGCAAAGGAGGUCACUGCUGUGGGAGAAGAACCAACCGCUGCAGUAGUGGUAGAGGAGCAUCUGAAUGAGCUUGUUGUGGAGGAGGCAGAGAACCCAGAAGAGCUGGAGACCUCUACAAUCACAACUGAGACCAUAGAAGAAGGCCUGCCUGAUUUGGUCCCUCCUCCGACGGCGGCUGUAGAUCCAGUGAGUGACGCUCUAGAGCUGGAGACGUACACAGAGGUUCAUGUAAUCGAAGAGAGCGGCAUAGAGGAAGUGGCACAGAGCGAGGAACAAGAGGUGAAGGAAGCGAUCGCACCUGAAGCUCCAGCAGUAGAAGAAAAGUCUGCAGAGGCUCCAGCCAUCUCGACAGAGGAUCUUACCGAGGAUGAGAUACUGCUCGUCGACAAAGAGGAAUCAGAGCUAGAGGUGACGGGCACUCCGAGCCCUCCUAAACCGACUGUUCUGUCUCCAGAGAGAGAGUCGCCUUUCACCCGUAUCUAUCAAGGAAACCUUGCCUCUGAAGGGCAGCCUGACGUCAUCAUCUCUUCAGUGGUUGAGAUCCAGACCAUUGAUGAAGACCCUGAUGAUGCCACCACUGGAGACCAGGAGUAUGAUUUGAUUCAGUACGGUUAUGGUUUGAUUAAUCACACUGAGGACGGCAGUACUAGCUUUCCGUUCGGGGUGGCACACGGCACAGACCAAGCCAGUAUCGCCAUGCCCUCUAACCCUGGAAGAGCACUGAUGGUUUUCUUCAGCCUCAGGGUGACCAACAUGAUCUUCUCUGAUGACCUCUUCAACAAAAGCUCUCCAGAAUACAAAGCUCUGGAGCAACGCUUCUUAGAGCUGCUUGUUCCCUACCUGCAGUCUAACCUGACUAACUUUGAGAACCUGGAGAUCCUGAACUUCAGGAACGGGAGCAUCGUGGUCAACAGUCGGAUGAAAUUUGGCAAGCCUGUGCAGCAAGCCGUUACCAGCACCGUUUAUCUGAUCCUGGAAGACUUCUGUAACACAGCCUACCAGACCAUGAACCUGGCCAUCGAUAAGUACUCACUGGACGUGGAGUCAGGUGAUAGAGCUGACCCCUGUAAGUUUCAGGCAUGCAACGAGUAUGCCGAGUGUAAAGUCAACAGGUGGUCGGGGGAGGCGGAGUGUGUUUGUAACGCGGGCUACUUCAGUGUGGAUGGCCUGCCCUGUCAGAGUAUCUGUGACCUGCAGACAGACUUUUGCCUCAAUGACGGCAAGUGUGACAUCAUCCCCGGUCAGGGAGCCAUCUGCAGGUGUCGUGUUGGGGAGAACUGGUGGUACCGAGGGGAGCACUGCGAGGAGUAUGUAUCCGAGCCACUCGUGGUUGGCAUAGCGAUCGCCUCAGUAGCUGGAUUCCUAUUGGUGGCCUCCGGAGUCAUCUUCUUCCUCGCCAGGACGUUACGGGAUCAGUAUGACAAGGAUGAGUCAGAGGACCCCAUAAGGCGAGCGGAGAGUCUGCCAUCUCUGGAAAGGGCGACCAAGUACAACCCCAUGUACGAAAGCGAGGCCACCACAGGUUACAGCCACUACUACCGCCGCUACCCUGAAGCUCUGGUGUACAGCAGUGCCAGCGCAGAGGCCUCCACUGACUUCAGCAGCGAGGAGAUACGACACAUUUAUGAGAACAGUGAACUGACCAAGGAGGAAAUCCAAGACAGGAUACGAAUUAUUGAGCUCUAUGCCAAGGACCGGCAGUUUGCAGAUUUCGUACGGCAACAUCAAGCUGUCCUGGAUACCCGCAGGGAGAGCUCCUCUGCACAGGCAUGA